AUGCUCUCGCGGUCCUCUGCCAUACUCUCGACUGCAAGGCUUAACUUUGCGCGUACAUACGCGACCGCUGCAUCUCCACAUGCUCUGGUUUUGAUUGAACACCGCAAUGGAGCCAUUGAGAGUAGUUCUCUUGCUGCAUUGACCGCCGCGACCGAACUUGGUGGUGAAGUCACCGGGCUGGUCAUAGGAGGACCGGAUCAGGUUGGCAGCAUUGUUGAGAAGGCAAAGAAGUUGAAGGGGCUCAAGUCCGUCCUACACUCAACAUCCGAACAAUACACCUCGCCUGUGCCGGAGAUCGUUUCGCCUCUUCUCGAGAAACUGCUUGGCUCAGGCUCAGCCUACACGCACUUUGUCUCUGCACACUCCUCAGCCGCAAAAGCGCUCGUCCCACGACUCGCCGCGAAACUCGAUGUACCGCAUGUGCCCGACAUUACUUCCCUUAGUCACAGUGAAGAGGGCACUACCUUCACCCGCCCAAUCUACGCCGGCAACGCCAUUGCUACCGUACGGGCGCCUGCGUCUCUUCCUGUGAAGAUAUUCACGGUUCGCGGGACUGCAUUCGCCGCCGCGGCCGACGGAGGGGACGUGUCCGCGGAGGUCCUCGAGCCGGUUUCGGUGUCCGACUCGCCGACGACGCACAUCAAGACUUCGUUGACGAAGAGCGACCGUCCUGAGCUUGGCGCCGCAUCGCGUGUUGUGUCAGGCGGACGUGCGCUCAAGAACGCGGAGACGUUCAAGAGCACGAUGGAGCCUCUGGCUGACGUUCUCGGUGCGGCUAUUGGCGCUAGCAGGGCAGCUGUGGACGCCGGGUAUGCGGACAAUAGCUUGCAAGUCGGCCAGACGGGCAAGGUCGUUGCUCCGGAGCUCUACGUCGCCGUCGGCAUCUCUGGCGCUAUCCAACAUCUUGCUGGGAUGAAGGACUCGAAGAUGAUUGUGGCCAUCAACAAGGAUGCCGAUGCUCCUAUCUUCCAGGUUGCGGACGCAGGACUUGUAGCAGAUCUCUACGAGGCUGUGCCGGACCUCGUCGAGAAGUUGAAGGCUACAAAGUAA